CGUAAUUUAACUUCGGCAGGGCCGUUAACGGUACAAAGUACUCUACUUUUGCCUAGAAGAAUUAACAAUUAAGCUUUAGAAAAUGUAACCUGUCACGAAAGACUUAAUUUUAGUAAUAAUAUAAAUACCGAAACUAAAACUAGCGGAACCAUCUCUACUAAGAAGGCAUGGAGUAAUUAAAAUUGGACGAAUGGUAGAAGAAGAACGUUUAUCAGCACGUGUUGCCAUAUUAAAAUAUUUCUACAUUUAAAUUGUAAAAAAAAAGAUUUAUAUACGGUAAACGGUACCUAAUAGCGAUCAGUCUAGUCAGCUGAAUUUAUAUUUGAUCACAUGAUCGCCGCGGUUACCUUUAAUAACUCGGUUCAACCUGUCUCUUCUCACUAACUUCAAUAGCGAGUUUCUUUUCCCGUCUCCUCUCUUUUCGCGUCAAAUUAGUUGAAAUACUGUAUAAUGUCUUCGAGUUCGAGUCAGCUGCUUCCUCGUAUGAAACGUGAACUUGAAAUACUGGAGCGCGAUCCUCCGCCGGGAGUUAUUUGUUAUCCUGUUGACGACAGUUUGUUAAAAUUUUGUGCACUAAUCAAAGGACCAAAAGAUACACCAUAUGAAGAUGGUCUAUUUAAAGUAGAUGUUCAAAUUCCAUCACGUUAUCCUAUGGAACCCCCAAAAAUGCAAUUUAUUACUCCAAUUUAUCAUCCAAAUGUGGACGAUGCUGGAAGAAUAUGUCUUGAUCUGCUUAAAAUGCCACCAAUGGGAUCAUGGAAACCUUCCCUUAAUAUUUCGACUACCUUGACAUCCUUGAGUGUUUUAAUGGCAGAUCCGAAUCCGGAUGAUCCUCUUUUAGUUGAAAUUGCAAGUGAAUUUAAGGAAAAUAAAUCAUUAUUCUUACAAAAAGCGAGACAAGCCACAUUAAAACAUGCUAUGGAAGAUAAAAAAGCAUUAAAUCCUGAGAACCUCGUUCAAGAACCUGAACAAGCAUCAUCGUCAUCAUCUAACUCUGCGAGUAACGCAUCGGUUUGCUCUUUGUUGCCGGACAUUCAACAAGAAACUACAACACAAUCUCCACAGAACAAAAUAGCUUCACAAGAAGCUGAACUUGGUUCAAUCUCAAAAAAUUCAAAUAAAACUGAGGAACGCAUUAUCACACAAAAAAAAGAAAAGAAAAAAAUUUUAUCACUUUCCAAGGCUCAUUCUAAGAUCGAGAAAAAGUUACCAUUGGAACAAGCAUCAAAUCAUUCUAAGACCGAGAAAAAGUUACCAUUGGAACAAGCAUCAAAUAAUUCUAAGAUCAAGAAAAAUGCACCAUUGGAACAAAAUGAUUCUAAGAUCGAGAAAAAUGCACCAUUGGCACAAAAUGAUUCUAAGAAAAAUGCACCAUUGGAACUAAUAUCAAACUCUCCUACAAGUGAUCCUACUUUUUCGACUUCGAUUAAAACUACCACUUUGAACUUGAAUAGCUCAAGGUCAUUAAAAUUAUUGCAAGAAGAAAAAGGUAAACAAGUCGAAAUUAGGAGACCUUUGGGUGAUAUAACUAAAAAUUCUGUAAAUGUGCCAUCACUUAAUGACCGAGCUGAGAGAAAACGUAAACUUUUACGAAAAAAAAACCCAAAUGACACGUCAUCAAAAAAGCAAAAGAAUUAAAAGCUGGAUGAUAAUUAGCAUAUUGCUUUUUAUGACAAAAAAGUAAGUGUUGAAAGUAGAAAAUAAUUAUAUAGAAAUCAUAGAUAAUAUUUAAAAAUAAUAAAAAAAUAAAAACUUACUUUUUGUCAGGUCAUUUAUCGUAUAUGUUGUAUAUGUUAAAAAAAAAGUGCAUGCCUAUUAC